CCAGCCCCGGCGCGGGCACCCCGCUCCCGGCCCCGCUUCGCCGAGCACCAUGGACACAUAGCCCCGGCGACACGCAGGAAGAUGCACAACUCCAUUCCAGGCCUGGGCAGGGUGAUGGUGUUCCUGGGAGCAGCCCUGAUGUCAGCCUCCCUCACUGUCCCAGAGGGCUGGGGAGAAGAAGGUGUGCAGUAUGGACGGGUGGGGACAAAUGUGACCCUGUUGUGCGCCGGCGCCCGUCCUGGCUCACUGGUGCAAUGGAGGCGGGCAGGUGCCAUGGCACUGCCAGAGGGCUCAGCCAUCAGGGAGGGAGCCUUGGUGCUGCCACAAGCCAGCUUGGCCACCACAGGAAGAUACAGCUGCCAUGGCAAGGACAGUGGCCUUCUGCACACCGUGUCCCUGCAGAUAGGGCACCUGCCUGGGGUCCCCUUUGUGUCCUGCAGAGCAUCUGAUUAUGAGAAUUUCUCCUGCUCCUGGACUUCCAGUGUGGACACCUUCCUCCCCACCAGAUACAUCACAACCUACAGGAAGAAAUCACAGACGGGUGAAGAGAAGCAGAGGGAGAAGAGCGGGCACGUGGGGCUAUGCCUGCAGGACCCAUUCCACCCUGGCACCUGCACCGUCCACGGAUCUGAAUUCUGGAGUUCUUACCGCCUGAACAUCACUGAAGUGAACCCUCUGGGCUCCAGCUUCCGCCUCCUUGACAUCACCAUGCAGGCCAUCAUUAAGCCGGACCCUCCAGAGGGCUUGGUAGUGGAGCCCAUCCCCCUGGCUCCACGGCGGCUCUACGUGAGCUGGAAGUACCCCUCGUCCUGGCCCAAGGAGCCCCACUUCCAGCUGAGGUUCCGGCUCCAGUACCGCCCAGUCAUCCACCGUUCCUGGUCCGUGGUAGAGACGGUGAACCUCUCCGAGGUGAUCACGGAUGCCUUUGCUGGGCUGGAGCAUGUGGUCCAAGUCAGUGCCAAGGAUUUCCUGGAUGCAGGGAACUGGAGCGAGUGGAGUGCCGAGGCCCGAGCGACGCCAGUUAGAGAACUACCCACCACAGCAAUAGAAGAAACCACUACAGAUGCCAGCCUGGAGACCCUGGCUGAGGAGCCGUCCCAGGCUCCAAACCCUGAGCCCAUCAACCGCAGUGACCCCCUGGAGAAGAUGGCUAUCCUGGUGUCCCUGGGGAUCUUCGCCUUCUUUGUACUGGCUGCUGUUCUUGUCAUCAUCGUCCUCAUCUGGCUCCGGGUGAGGAAACACGGCAAAGAUGAGACCAAACCCCACAACUUCUUGGUUGCUGCCAGCCACCUGAAGGCACGGCCAACAGAGGCUCAGAUCCUGUAGUGAGCCCUGGCCGAUCCCUGCUCCCUGCACCUGCUUGCCUACCUGUGGGACUUGAUGCCACUGCUGGCCCCCAAGGACCCCAUGCCUCCCAAGUCACCCCACAGCUGUGGACAUUUCCAGAGCCCCCAGCAUCGUGGGGGUGCAGGAUGGACCCUAAGGAGAGAGACUUUGCUCCCGAGAACUAUGGACUGCCCAAGCCCACCAGUUGCCAGCUUGGAGGCACCUGGGACUCAGGGUGAUGGGCCAGCCCUGGCCACCAAGAGCUGCUGAACACAUGGGGAUGAGAUGCUGAGCCAGCCCCACUUCACUGCCUAGUGUUGAGGGGAACCAUGGUUACAGGCUCCCAGGGGUGCGGGCAUCGGUGAUCAGGGGGUGCUGAGCCCUGCCCGUCAUCUCUGCACCGGCCACCAGCAGGCAGAAGGGACCAAAUACCCUCCUCCCUAUCCCUCUGCUGUGCUGUGGCUGGAUGGAGCAGUGAUACCAAUAAAGGGGAUAGCAUUUUCACUGCACUGCCAGCCUAGAGAUGGUGCUGGGCCAGAGGAGAGGUUACCAACUGUGGCACCGAGAUGCCAGCUUGGGGACAGUCCUUGAAAAAAGGUGCUCAGGCAGCAGGGCUGGUCACCAAACAGGUCCUGGCUCUCCCCAGGAGCAUGGAAAGGCUCAGACAGAACCCUCCUUCAGCUGUCCCUUGCUGGGUGCCAGACCAACUGCCUGAGACAUCUCCCCUGCCCUCACCAGCAUGGCAGCAGGGACAGGACCCUCAGAGAGCCCACCUUGCUCAGCAUGUGGCCCCCUCCCCAUGCCUCAAUCUGGUCCCUCUAAUAGCUUCCAUGUGUUGGCACCUCCUGACCCUGCAGCUUUGUGCCAAUGAGACCCAGAUGGGGCUGGGUGGAAAGUCAGGCAGCAGCAGUGGGGGGAGCAGAGCCAGCGUGGGUUGUUCCUGUGCCUGCCCUUACAGGGAGAUGUGUUACACCCAGCUGGACCCCUAGGCUGCCCUUGAACCUGGAGUGCAGAGGGGCCUGAAGGGAAGGGACCUCCCAAAAGGGUCCUUUUGCACAGCGUGUGUGCCCAUGGACCCUUUGCCCUUGCUGUGUGCCCCUGCACUCCUACCCCAGGUGGAGGGGCACAGGGGCUGCCCAUGCUGAUGCUUGGCUUUGUGGGGUCCCAGCCUCUCACUGCCCCUGGUGAGCACACUCACUCUGGAUUGGGGGAAUGGGGGUCAGCCCUCCAUCUCCAGUGUGCUGGUGGGGUGUCACUGUCCUUGGACAGAAGCAGAGCUCUCCACUGAGCAAGCACAGAAUCAGAGAAUGUUAGGGAUUGGAAGGGACAUCUGGAGAUGAUCUACAGGGCUGGUUCAGCUGCAGUAGGUUGCACAGGAUGGCAUCCAGGCAGGUUUUAAAUGUCUCCUGA